UUCUUUUAGACUUCAUCCCUAGUUUCAAGUUUCAACCUUUUCCAAACUCAAAACCCUCUCUUUGAACCCAGAAGUUUUCCUGCGAAAUGUUCCAGCAUUCCUCUCAGGCCAAAAGGCCAAAGCUUUCUCUGUUCAAGGAGACUCCACCGGACACGACGGUCGAAGAGCAACAAGACGCGGCCAUGGUUUCUUCAACUGGUGGACACCCAUUUCGCAAAAAUGCCUACUUUCUCAAACCCAUUGCCCCAUAUUCCUCCAUUGAUGAACCUCCUUUCAAGCUCCCUCUCUGUUUUUCCUCCCUCCCUUCCCGUUUUGACCCAAAAGGCUGGCCAUUGAAGCUUCCUUUUACCGGGUGGCGUCUCGACCACUACGAUUUACAGACUUGGGUCGAACGCUUGGCCCCCAUUCACCAAUGGACAUGGAAGAAAGCUGGUAUUUAUGAAGCCAUCUUCAGUUCCACUUACGAAAUCAAAAGGAGAAAGGAUUUGGUUUGUGGGUUUGCAGAGAAAUGGUGUUGUGAGACCAACACAUUCAUCUUUCCUUGGGGUGAAGCAACUAUCACAUUGGAGGAUGUUAUGGUUUUGGGAGGCUUUUCGGUUCUGGGUGACUCUGUUUUCAGCCCUCUUAAAAGCACAGAGCUGAAGGAAGUAGAAGAGAAACUUGAGCAGAAGCGACUGGGACUCCGCACUUGCACGACUGUUCACACAAGAUUAUGGAUGGAGAAAUUCAUGAAUAGUGGGAGUGAACUCGAGCACGAAGCAUUUCUUGUCUUUUGGUUGGCCAGGUAUGUUUUCAACCAUCAUAAUAUGGUAAAAGAGGCUGUGAUUUCUAUUGCAAUUCGUUUAGCUAGGGGGAUUCGAGUUGCGCUUGCACCGGCUGUUCUUGCCAGCAUUUACAAAGAAUUGAGUAUCUUAAAAACGACUCUUGUAUCAGAUGAAUUCAGAACCUGUGAUGAUGUCUUAAAACUCACCAUUCACUCACCAUUUCAAUUAGUUCAGGUUUGGGCAUGGGAGAGGUUUUUGGAACUUAGGCCAAAACCCAAUGUUAUUAGCUAUGGUGAGCCAAGGAUGGCUCGAUGGGAUAAAGUAGAUGGUCUGAAUGUUCAAAAUUGGAGGAGGGUUUUAGACUCCGCCGGGGAAGAUUUCAUGUGGCGCCCUUAUGCCAUGGCCAUUGAGAACUGGAAUCCUAAAUACUAUUUGGAAAAGGACAUGAGGGUUUGUCCUGGUUUGGAUGAUGAACUCCUGUCAUUUGCCAUAUGCUUGAGGGUGACUGAGUUAGAUGGGUUCGUUACUACAACACAAUACCUUCCUCAUAGGGUAGCUAGGCAAUUUGGAUUUGAUCAAGACAUUCCAUGUUCCGUUGAUAGAUCCGACAAGGAUUCCAAUAUGCUUUGUGGAAAAAAAGAUCCUCAUAGAGCCUGGAAACAUCACAUUAGGGAAAUUAAGAAUGUAAACUUGUCUGUUCCAUCUAGACUUUCUGAGGCAGAUGUGAGCACAAGAUACCUGAAAUGGUGGGAGAAAACAGUGUCCUGUAUCAAGCACAUGAGAGAGCCUAGCAUGCCAGAAAAAAAGAAAGAAAACAGUACUCAAGGAUCACUACCAAAGGAUAAACAUGUCCCCAUGCAUCCUGGGUUUCUGCCAAAGAAAGUUGUUAAAGGUUCAACAGAAAGGAACAUGAUUACUGAUUUCGCCAUUCCUUCAGUUUCUUACCUAAAAAGUUUGGAAAAACUAGUGCAGGCCUCAAAAGGAAGCAAUGAGGGUAAUGAUUCCUUUUUUCCUCCAGGGUUUCCUCCCAGAGGUGAUAGGAUUGAAGCUGGAGCUCCUAUGGAUGAUUAUGAAAAUGUCAAAACUAGAAAAUGUGGUGACAGAGAGAAGUUAUCAGGUGAAGUUCAGAAUUUGGAAUCUUCAAUGUCCUUUGAAGGUUCUAAUAAUUGUAUGCUAUCAGGAAAAAUUGAGAAAGAGAUAAGCUUGAGUGAAGCUUUGGUUGGAGGAUCCAAGGCGAAGUCAAACGUUGAAACUAUCAAGGGGUAUACUGCAAGAAGUCAAGCCAUGAACACUAAACAGUUUUCAGAACUUAAAGCAAAGGUUAGCAGGCUUGAAAGUGUGGUGGACAUGUCACAAGCAAACGCUAAAGGAGCGAGUUUUAGGAAUAACUAAGGAAAGAAAGUCUUCAUCAGAUUUGGUAUUUCUAAAACCUAGUUGUUCUUACUGUACUUUUGUGUCAAUGCCAUUGAUGAGUAUUUAGUUUUCCUGAUGUUUGCAGAAUAUUCAACAAAACAAAUUGUGGGCGUUUAUCUAAUGUCUUUUGUUAUAUUCUCAAUCUGGACGUUUUUUUUGUUUAUCUAAUUGGCUACUUGCUGAAUUGGUUGAACAUGAAAUUUUUUUUUUUGUUUUACUUUUGCCACAGAACUGCCAUUUUUUCAGUUGAAUGAAAGUUUGCAUUUUCAGUGUUUUGUACCAUUGGAUGGAGACACAUCUAUAUCACAAGUUCUGAAAUAUAGCAAGACAGAUGAAAAUGUUGAAAGUGGUGACUGAGAAAUUAUCAUGUCAAGUUCAAAAUUGGUAGCUUCAAGGGUGGGAAAAGGUGCUGGUAAUACUAUAAGGUCAGAGGGAACGAAGGAAGUACUGAAGACUGAAGCUUUUACCGGAGCAUUUAAGGCUAAUUGUAACCUGCAAAAUGUAAUGGACAGCAAAACAGGAGGUCCAAAGAACUACAUGGCUAGCACCAUUGGUAAUGAAUGUGCUAGCAGUAGCUUGUCUUUUGAAACGAGGGUUAAAAGGCUGUAUUUGCUGAGCUAGAAAGCAAAUACAUUUUAGGAAAAGCUAAUGAAAAGAAGCUGAGUUGGUUUUUCUAAUUCCUGGUUGUUAUCACUGUACUUCUGUUAUCACUGAUCAGUACUUCUUUUGUUGUCCUGUUUUUUAGUUUUUCAAGAUUUGAAACUUUUUUCAUCU